AUGGAAAACAGAAAAGAAGCAGGCAGGGUCGACCAGCCCAGAAACGGCGCCUGGCAGCGCCAGGAAAAACUCCUAGGCCCGAGAGCCAGGACCCGUCGAGUGCAGGAGCAGCUUCAGGAGGCACUGGGAGUCCCUGUAUGUACACUUGGGCUCUACUGUCUGCGCUUCGCGUACCGUUGGAACCUCCCGGAACUUUUCCAGUUCCCUGCAAGCGCUGGACCGCAACCUCGCUCUCCCGCGCUCCGCUCCCAGAGAUUGCCCCCCACACCCGACUGCUGCCUGGCUUCUGCUGAGGAGCAGCGUGGGGCCGAGGCGAACUGCGGCAGAAGCUCGGAGACGCGUCGACACGUGGAGAAUGGCGAUAAGGGAGAAAGUGGGGACGCGGCCGGUCGCGCUGUGGGGUCUAACACCGCAACUGAGGCCGUACUCUCUUGUCCCCGCCAGCAGGCGGUCUCGGAAGAACCCGGUCGCCCCUGUCGCAGCAGGGAGGCUCUCCUGGCACCUGAGAGGGCCGACAGGAGCGGAGAACGCGAAGCCGGAACAGACGAGGGGGAGGCGGAAAACGGGCGCGAGGCAGGGACGGAAGAUCACCCGAGCGAGGCAGGGACGGAAGAUCACCCGAGCGAGGCAGGGACGGACGAGAGACUCGAGGACGAGAGCGGCACGGAGACCGACCAGCAGAGAGGACGGGUUUCCCGGGGCUGUCGUGGAAAUGCUUGUGUGGAGCCUGCCAGAGGCGCAGCGCGGAGGUGUGAAACCAAGGAAGAAGGCGGAAACGCUUCUCUCCUCAACCUUCUCCGCACCACUCUUCUCGUUGAAGACACAGGUCUCCUGCUCCGUCACCGCACAGGCGGUAACCCCCUGAUGGCCUCUCGGCAGGCUCCGCCUCGGACUGGGCGAGCGCCGCCGUGGCCGAUCGCGAGAGGUGAACCGUCUUUUGUCAUGCCGCGCGUUUUCGAGUUUCCUUCCCAAGACGCCUGCGUCGACGCCACUGUCGCCCGGGUCGCGCUCUGCGAGCAGCAGCUGCGUGGCGCUCCGGGGCCUUCCCCCUCCACCUCCAGGGUUCACAGGUCCGUCCUCACCGCCGGCUUCUCCUUCUCGCACAGCGGGUCUAUCCGAGCUUCGGAUCUGCCGAGUUCCCAUCGUCCGCUCCUGCGCCACACACAGCCGUUCUCUGCCCCGUCUGCAUGCCCGUCCGUCGCUUCUUUCCCUUGCGCGCCGCCUCAGUCCUUCUCACCCGCAUCUCCGCCGAGCGGCCUUCGCCAGCCCUCAGCUCGAGAAGCGCGCCUCCCUUCGGCCUCGCGAUCGCCGGCUCCGGGCGCUUCGUUGCCAGCUUCGGACCCUCUCUGCCCCGCCGCGUCUCCCUCGCCUCUUCACUCGUCUUCUUCGCCGCGGGGAGGAGCUUCUUCCUCGGCUUGCUCGUCUGUCGUCCCGCUGUCUGUGUCCCCGCAUGCGUCCUUCGGUUCUCCUCUCUCCGCUGCUCGUGGGCCUCCAGGGACGGCCAGCCUGUCGCCGUACUCUGUCGCGGCAUCGGCCUGGCAGGGGCACGUUCUGAGGGCCUCAGUGCACAGCUGGAACGGCGUCAAUUUGUUUCUGAAGACGCCUGCCUGGCAGCGUCUCUACGAGCGAAUAGGCAGCCGCGUCAUGAUGCAUUUGCUCAGCUACACAUGUCUUUUUGUCGACGCACGCCUGUUUUCGCUAGCCACAGAGACACUGCAAACACACCCGUCUCCCGCGCGUCUGUUUGACGCUUCCCAGCGCCCGUCCCGGUGCUCCUCGGCCGCCUUGCGGCCUUUGCGUUUCCGCCCCACAAGCGAAGGCACUGAGACACCGGGCCCCGGAAAGAAGCGAGAGGGAACGGAAGGCAGACCAGCAGACGGCGUCGAUGCCAACGUGGCGAGGCGGGGAGACGCAGGCGCAGCUGAAGACGCAGGAAGCCGCCAACCAGGCGGUAAAAAGCGCGGCGAAAGGGAGGCAGAGACGCGCGAGCAAGAGCCAGAGAAGGGCCGGCGGGAGAAAACACGAGGAAAGCGUCCAGUUGCAUCGAGUCUUAAAGGCGACAAAGCGACAGGGGAGAAAGAAACACGAGAGCGAAAGCGGUGUCGGGGCAGAAGCCAUGGCGAAAGAAGAAAGAAAAAGAUACGAGGUCAAGGAGUAGAAGAGACUUGCGCACGCGAGAGUCGAUCAGCCUCUCUCUGCCCGUUGGCCGACGUCGCUUCCUCGCCUUCCGGCUGCCUUCCCCGUGUCGCCCCCGCAUCCCUCGACUCUUUUUCGUCGAGCUCGCGCGCCCUUGCCUCGGUUUCCUCCUCUCCGGCUUCGAGUUCCUCUGCUGUCGCGCUCAGGGGGGGUCGGAGAGGCUCUUUCUCUCGAGUGGAGACGACGACGAGCGCGGAGGUCGAGGCCCGAGCGAGAAAGGCGCGCCGGGCGAGGACUCGGCGCACGGCGAACGAGACAGCGGGGGUUGGGCCAGUCCCUGUUUCGUCUCUUGCCCACUCCAGUCUGAGACAAACCGCGGCGCGGGCACGCGAGCAGCGGCCGGGGGAAGACCCCGCGAGGAGGGGAACAGAGAAGGCAGAGAAGGCAGAGAAGGCAGAGAAGGCCGACUUCAAAGAGAAGGCGGACGCGCAGGAGGGGAAGGCGAAUCUCGCGCGGAGUCUGUACAUCCAAAUAUCGGGAGCGCCCCUCACGCAGGCACGGCUCACCGAGCUCCGCCAAGUUCACUGCCUCGCCUCGAGAACUGCGCGGCGCCAGCGGGCGAGACUGCGGAGCGCAGGGGGGGAAACGCAGAAGGAGACAGGGGAAGGCGACAGACGGGACGCGACAGAACGGGCGGGGGAAGCAGGUGAGGGAGGCCCCGCGGGCUGGGACGACGAGAACGGGAAGGCGCCUCGCGAACUGAGCGGUGAGGCCGCGACACGCCAGCAAAAGAACCAAAAGACGGAAGAUGCAGAGAGACCCGAGACGCGAGGAGAGGAACGAGAGAGCGGAGAGAGGAGUGGGGACGCGGAAGCGCGGGACAGCGGGGAAGCGCGCAGGGAGAACGGCGUCGCGACCGCGUCAUCGGAAAACAGUCAGGGAGAAAGGAGCAUCGCCGCUGCACACCAGUCUCCAACAAGCAUGGCCAGACCGCGUCGCGUCGGGGAAAGGGAGGAAAGAGAGACGGACGACGACGGGUGGACGUCUCACCGCGACAGACGACGGGCGGUGGCGCUGCUGCGUCGACGCCGAAGACUCACCGCGCGAGAAAGCAAACGCCGCUGCCGCCUCCACCGCCGUUUCCUUUCUUCUGUCUCUUCGGGUCCUCCGGCAGGGACUCCUUCCAGGACGGAGACUUCGCUUCUCUUUCCGAGCGCGCGCGCCUGCCAAGACCGCGUGACACCCGGCAUGCUGCGUCUCCCGCGCCACUUGAUUUGCCACCAUAGCAGCUUCAACCGGGGGGGCGGGUUGCCGAGCUACGCGCUGCUGAGCAAGUUGACGCGCAGCCUCGAACGGAGAGGAACUCUCGCAGAGCGAGCGGAUCUCCAGAUGGAAGAGACUGCUGGAAAGACAGGCGGGAACGAAGGAGAUCGAGGCGACCGCCGUACGAGGAGGAGACGUGAAUGUGACGGAAAGGCCCUCCAAGACGCGACGGCGCAAGGCGAUGAAGGCGCGAAACAGAGAGAAGACGGCGCAGGAGUGGAGGCGCGAAUUCUGGCAAAAUUUGUGCUGUGCUCUCCCCUUCUCUUGAGUCCCUCGACAGCCGCAUUUGGGCGGAGCGGCGGGGCCGCUACCAUCGCCCGAGCGCUCGCGGAGAGAACGCAGGAGACGCGGGCAGUGCUAAGGGCUCUCCGGAGGCGACUGCGCAAGAUGCGUGCCGCGAAGAGGAAAGAGAGAACCGCGAAGAGGCACAAAGAAGGCCAAGAUGAAGAGGCGAAAAUGACGCUCAGCGCGCAUCACGCCGCCACCCAAGAUGGCGGACAAAGAAGCGAAGAGGAGAGAGAAGAGGAGCACGAACCGAAGGAGACGACGGGGUCCUCUGGGACGCGACGAGACGAGAAAGAAGCGAAGGAAGAGGAAAAGCAGGAGAAGAAGUUGCUGCAGACAGUUCGCCGGCGGCUGACAAAAUCGGUUGCUCUCAAGAGCACCUUAGCUCGUUCUCCAUCUUCGACGGCUUCGCCGCCAUCGCCCUCAACUUGUUCUUCAUCUCGUCCUUUUCCAUCUCCCUCGGCUCCUCCGUCUCCCUCUGCUCUUCCGUCUGUCUCUUCGUCGUCGCUUCCCCUUUCUUCUUCUCCUUCUGCUUCCUCUUCUCCUUCUUCUUCCUCUUCGCCUUCUUCUUCCUCUUCGCCUUCCUCUUCUCCUUCGCCUUCUCCUUCUUCUGCUCCUUCUCCUUCGCCUUCGCCUUCGCCUUCUUCUGCUCUUUCGGGUUCUUCGCGCUGUGAGCGGCUAGCAGUCCUGCGCCUGGAGACACCUCCGGAGCGGGUGAUUGCCUUCCUGUUAGCCGUCCUUCGCCGCAUUGUGCCUCCGCAGCUACUGGGUGGCCAGCGGAACUUUCGUCUGUUUCUGAAAAGGGCCAAGCAGUUUGUUCUCCUGAACUCGCGCGAGUCCGUCACGCUUCACAUGCUUCUUCACUCCAUGAAGAUGCGGCCGUACACCCCAGCCCGCGCUCCUCGCGCGUCUUCGGCAUCGCUUCCCCAGGAUCGAAAGCAGGCAGCGAGGAAAGGGGGUCCAGAGCUCGAGGCGGUCAGGGUGCACGCAGCCGAAGCGGUGAGGAAAGCGAUGGAGGGCGGCCAGAGACGCAGAGAGAAGGCUCAGAAGAAGAAAGCAGCGGACCGGCCGGAGGAGGGGCGUAGAGGCGAGAAGGCGGUGGGAGGCAAGAGAGGAGGGAGCGGGGAAAGGCCCAGAGGACCGAAGAGCCACGCGACCGCGAGAGAGAAGAACCCGAAGCAGUGGCAAUCAAAGUCUGCGAGGGACGAGCACGGGGCCGACUCCAGGAACCCACAAGGCGGUUCGAAAGAACGAGAGGGAGAAGGACGUCUCCAAGAGAUCUUUUUGAGCCGCAUUGUCUGUUUUUUGUUCACGCAACUCGUCAUCCCCCUCCUUAGACAACAUUUCUACGUGACAGAGGCGGAGCCGAGUGCGCACCGCCUGCGCUACUUUCGGAAGAUUGCCUGGCUGACCGUCGAGCAGCAUGCAGCGCUCAGCCUCCACCGUUCGUGCUUUGCGUCAACUUCUCAGAAAGCAGAGAAGGCGCGCGAGGCAGGGCGCGGCGGGGAGAGGGCGGCGUGCGCGUCGCCCGCCGAGAGAAGCAGCUCUAUGGAGCCGCGAGGCAGUCCUGGCGAGAGCGGGACGAGGCACAGGAAGGAGAAGGCGAAGGACGGACGGGAGCGAGGGCCGGAAACGAACAGCGAGGCGGCGGCGCAGUCUGUCACGCAGGAGACCAAGACGGGGGGAGGGGGAGGCUCUCUGGAGCAGGAGGGGGAGAGUGACACCAGGGACACGACGCUGCCUUGUGCGAGAGGUCCACGACGGAGAGGAGACGAAAGAGGGGAAUCACGACACGGAAAGGAAAGGGAGGUCGUCGAUGAAGUCCACGAAGACGAUGACGAAGGACAGGAGAGCGCGAGUGACUGGAUAGAACAAGAGAUCGAGGACGACGAGGGCCAUGUGCAUCUCGCCGGAGUCCAAGAGUUCGCCUCCGUGCCUACCGUUCGGUUUCUGCCCAAGGCGCGGGGUUGCCGUCCCCUCGUCAACCUCUCGCAGCCCCGCUGCGGCGUGCGUCUCGCCCACCUUCUUUCGGCGGCUCUCGAGAAGCUGGAGCAGAAGGCGGAGGAAGACAGAGAUAGGCGUCGCAGGGCGAGGGAGAGACACUUGGAGACCCUGCGAGACGCUGGGGCUGCGCGGCUCCUCUUCGGAGACACCCCGCCCGCUGCUGCAGGCAGCGGAGACCGACCGGACCAAGGAAAGCGAGUGGAGAAGCUAGUUGCUCGAUUGGGCCCGCGCGCGAGGGUCAGACGCGUCUCGUUUUCUCAGAUGUUCUUCGUCGUCGGAGAUCUCCAGGCGUGCUACGAGGGCCUCACGCACGCAGACCUCCUGCGAUCUGUGCAGCGCGCUCUGGAACGCGCAGCCGUCCAAAAGAUGCACAUUCUGAAGCUCUACAGGCGAAUUGUGCCGCCCAAGCUCAGCCCGAGAGACAGCCGAAGAACUGCAAUCGUGAGACGAGAGAGAAGAGCGCGGCGAGGGGUCGGGCCGCGCAGCCACGGGGAGCGGACUGGCAGAAGGCACGCGAGCGGUUUGGAGAGCGAGGGCGAAACGCACGAAGUGGAAGGAGACAGGGACGAAGCGGCGCCGGAGCAGCGAAGCAGACUGGACGGCCAGGAGCCGACAGGAAGAAGCACUCGAGGCAGGGACAGCGAAGGACCAGAGGACGAGGCUGAGCCGAGGCGGAGAAGCGAAAGGCGAGGCCGCAGAGAAAACAGCGAAUGGACAAAGACUGCCACCGAGGACGAGCUGAACGAGAGAGAGAACGAGGAGGGAUUGAAGAGCAGUAGGGACGUAAGAGACGAGAAACUUCCGGCCGGCGCGGCGAAUGAGACAGCGAGGCGAACGUUGAGACUCGAUGGGUUCCGAAAGCCAGAGAAAACGCAUUUCUCGUCCAUUGGGAGAGUCGAUGAAGUCGCCGUUCCAGCGCGCGCGGGCCGCCAGCCGCUCCUGGCCUCUCUGUUGUUGCCGGAGAGGGGCGGAGACAAACGGCGAUCGACCGGCGAGCUGGUACUGUUUUCGAGCGCGUCCGUCACUCAGGCGGGCGUGCAACACAGUUCCCGCUUCGCCUCAACACUUCCGCCUUUGUGGGGAGACAGGAUGUUCGCCAGACCAGGCGCAGCUGCCCCGGCCUCUCGCGGCCCUCUCAUGUCGUCCUGGCCUUCGCCAAAAGCGUCUUCUCCCGCCCUCUCUAUGGACGCCUGCCUGGAGUGCUUCUCCCCUUCUUCUUCUUCCUUUUCUUCUUCUUCUUCUUCUUAUGCUUUGAUGUCGGCUGGCCGCGCGAUCCUUCCAGACGCAGCGGCGGUGUUUCGGCGGCGGUUGCUGCGAGGGUCGAGUCGGGGCGGCGUGGUGCUGCUCGCCGACACCGGCCAGCGACUAGCGCUGAGUUCGCAGGAGUUGUUCCUCGCCGUGCGCCUGCUUCUCCGGCACCACCGCAUUCGUUUCUCGCGUUGCAGGCAGCCGCUGCUCGCCCUGUCUGCCUGUCCACCGGCGCCACGCGAGCGGGAAUCGCUGGGAGGAGAAGCUGCGAAAGACGGACCGAGAACCCGCGUAGCCGUGGCUCGAGCCCCGGCGGGCGACCGACCCCAGGCGCGCGCCAGCGGGAAGCGAGGGGAGGACCUGCUGCAGGGGGCUGGGGCGCAACUCGGCGCGCGGCGAGGACUCUCUGCGUGGAGAGGUGAAGACGCGAGCAAAAGCGCCGAUGCAGCGCCGCCUGGAUGCCCUACAGGGGACGGAGCGGCAGGGAAAGCGCGGGAAACGACAGGGCGGCACGUGAGCGCGGGAGACGUCCGGACGCCAGCUGGACUCGGCGCGACGUGUCAAGAGCGCGCAGGAAGAACCGAGGAGGCGGGAGAUGAACAGGCGUUUCGGCGAGAACGAGAUCGAGAAACGAGAGAGGCAGUGGACGGCGUCUACCGUCAGACGAUCGGCAUUCCUCAAGGGUCAAACAUUUCUGGGCUUCUCUGUGCUUUGUUCUACGCCAAUCGCGAUGCACGGCCGGCGGUCCAGGCUCUCCUGCGCGGCGACGGAUCCGCAGAGCCUCUCGGCCCGCUUCGGCCCCAGACGACGUCGCCCCGGCUUUCGGAGACACGCGGCCGAAGGCCACCGCAUGCGUCUGCCGGCACGGGGACGAAGGGCGGAGAAGACGCGCGGGAGCGUCCAGUCGCUGCCGCUGCUGAAGACCCGAGGACGUUGCGGAAUGCGCUCAAAGCGGAACAGGCGAGGCGAGGGAGGGAAGUCAGAGACAGCAGCGAAGAGGCCGAGAAGGAACCAGCUAGUCGAGACGUUUUCUUUCGCCAGGUGGGUCCCCUCAUCCUGGAGUUUUCCCGUCGACAGAAGGGACCGGCAAACACGUGCUCCCAGGACGCAUGCGCCUCCGUCGCCCUGUCGGCGCCCCCGUCGUCUGCCUCCCCGUCUGCGUGGUCCUCUUCUUCGGUCUCCGGCGCUUCUCGCUCGCCUUCGAGCUCUCUCCCGCUGUCUUCCUUUUGCCGGCUCUGUCGGUCGGAGCGCCAGGCGCUGCAUGCGUUGCUGCGGCGGCUGAGCCGUCUGGUGUGGCCGCCGCUGCUCAUGCGGUGGGUGGACGACUUCCUCUUUCUCUCGCCGAGUCGGGCUGCAGCCGAAGCGUUCCUGAAUCUGCUGCUCGAUGAGCACGUGUGGGGCAAGAACGUGAACCAGCAAAAGCUGAAAACGAACCUGUUUGACGCAGACGCCACCGGUUCGUGCCGCCGCUCUUCUUUCCCUUCGCAAACAAAUCCGGACGCGAGUCCGCCUGGAGCGGGGUGUCGACGGUCCGGUUCUUCCGCCUCUUCUGCGGCCUCAUUCGCCAGUCCUCGCCAGCAGGCGACGCCCGCGCGGGCCCCGUGUCGGUCGGAGGCAGGGUCCGAUUCCGAGCUGCAUCCGCCAGAGCGGCGGGGAGACGAAGAGCGAACCAGACGAGACGGCGAUCAAGGCCAAAGGUGCGGCAGCAGAAACGCGAAACUGGCGCGUAGAGAAGAGCAGUGUGGAGUCGCAGGAGAGGAAACGCAGGGUCGGCGAAACAAGAACGGUGCACAGACCACCGGGGCGAAGGCGCCGCGAAAGCGGAAGAGACGCCAGGAAGGCUCACACGCUGAUGCGGAGCGUUCUGACUCAUGUCCGAAGAAACGGAAGUCCGCCACGUGUCCGCUCAAACCCAACGACGAACCCGCUUACUCUGUAAACCAUUCGUCGCUCCAAAUUUAUCCCUCGUCUUUCGCGUCGGCCUCCGCAGCUUCUCCAUCUCCUUAUUCUCCCUCUCGGUUCUCUCCUGUCUCUCCGAACCCGUCUUCCGCACCUGUCUCCGCGUCCCACAGUGCGGCGGGUCCUUGCUGGGCGGGCGUGCGCUUCGCCUUCGAUGUGCAGAGACGGAGCGUGUGCGUUCUGCCGCUGCUGCGGCGAGACGUCGCGGGAGGCGCAGAGGGCCCCGGGCUGCCUGCGGAGGGGAGCGGACGUCGCCGCGCGAGGAGACAGGAGACAUUCGGGGACACUGCAGUUCAGAGUUCGAUACGCGACAGCCUGUCGCUUCAACGAGGGCGCAGGAGGUUUCUCGCAAACGGCGCGUCGAACGGCUCAAACUUCAUGGCAGAGAUGCUCGAACAGCGCCUGCUCGGGCACCUGACUAUGCGUCUGGGGACCACGCGCGUCUUUGUCGACCUGCGACUGAACUCGCCCGACGCGGCGUGCCGGAACGUCUACGUGGUGGUGAAAACGACCUUUCUGAAGCUGCGCUGCGGCUUGGUGCGCAUCGCGAAGGAGUUCGCCGGGUUCCUCAGACCCGCAUACGUCGUCGAUCUAUGCAUGCGCCUCAUCGACGCUGUCUUGUCCUACACGCGUCAGCCUAUCCCGUUUCAGUGGCGCGCGUUCUCUCCCGCCACGCGCUCCUCCACGGGCGUGUCUCCUUCCUCUUCUUGCUCUCCUGCGUCGCCUCCCGCAACGUCGCAGUGCGAGCACGGGGGUCUGUCGUCCUGGGCGUUCCAGCAGCGCCUCCGUUUCGUCUGCUUCAAUGCAGCGGCAUCUGUCUUUCGCGGAUUCAAAGACCCGAAAAGCGCGACGUGGGAGAUCCCCCGGGACCGCUGCCGCGGCAAGGGAAAAGGUGAUUGGAAGCGCCAAGAGACGGCUUUCCCCCUCCCGGAGUGCGGCGAUGAAGUCGACGCUUCUGCGUUUCGGAUCUCCAGCCCAGGCGUCUCUGACGGUGAACGAAAGGACAGCCGCAAUGGCGAAGAGGGUGCUCGUCUCGCCUCGGCUCCACGAAGAACGGCGGGCGCUCUCUCGUCCCACCGCGACGUCUCAGGCGCGGGUCGCGCCUCCCAAUUGCUGCCAGGCCUGCGGCAAGAGCCGCCUUCUGCGCCUCCGGGCCAGUCAGACACAGACCGGGGGAGCGGCGCGGAAAGCGCGGGAGAGGGAAAACGUGGAGCACGCGACCGCGACGGAAGAUUCUGCGACUCCCUGGUCGCGAGAAGGGGAACGUGCAGAGAGAGCGAAGACAAAGAAAAUACGCCCCCUUGGAGCGAGGCGGCUCUCGCACAGAUAAACGGAGACAGCCAGGACGCCGGAGACACCCCGAUCCGCCAGGAGGGACAUCGACUACGACAGGCAGGCUGCGCGGAGGGAGAACGAGGCUGUGUGGCGCCAAGGGGAACCGAAGGGGAAGGAGGACAAAGCGAAGAGGGACGGGAACGAAACGAAGAAAAGACCAGUGGAGCGGGGAAGGACGUCGCAGGACAGGGACGCGGAGAAAGGAAGCAAGAGGCGAAAGAAGAAAGCGCGGGGAAGGAAGAAUCGAGGACCUCAGCGAAGCAGCAUUCUUCCGGCAACAGGCAGGGCUGUGAAGGACAGCCAUCCCAAGAGGGGACGGGCGUUGCGGAGAGUAGGGAGAAGGACGUGGACGGCGUUUCAAACGGCAUGCAGCGCAGGUGCAUGCGUUGCAGACGCUUCGUUGAACCGUGUCAGCGUAAAGAGGCCUCGAGUGGCGGCGCAGAUGUCGAGGAAGGGAGAAGACCGCGCAAGACGCGCGAAGGCAGCCACGCGCUCGUUUCAACCGCGGGAAAGACGAGAGGCCAGAAAGCUGCCGAGCGAAAGAAGCGAGCGUUCACAGUCUGUUUCGCCUUCUUCUCCUCCAAGGCGAAGCACGCGCAAGUUGCCCUCGAGCUCAGACGCCAGCGUCGCGAAGAAGAACGAACGGCGGGAGGCCGGGACAGGGAGGGAACGACUACGAAUCAGUCGAACGCAACGAAGAGAGAGAAGACCGCCGACACAGCCGAGGCUAAGAUGGAGAAGGAAGGCCGCGCUCUCGAGAGCGGCGAUGUGGCGGCAGGGCCACCAGCUGGCGCGAGUCCGCUACGGAGAGAGACGACCUCCGCACUGGAAGACGCGGGGGACCGAACCUGCACGUAUCCGGCCGCGGGUUCAGGCAAGGAAACACAAAAUGUGAUGGGCCGGGCGAAGGACAGUCACGAAGCGGACAGCGAAUCGCGGGGUCAGAAACGCCCGCGACACUCAGAAAGUGAUACGAACCCUGGCAACAACAACCAGGUCCAACGGGCGACAGAAGCGCUCGCGCCCGGCGCGGCAGGCGCUUGCGUUGCUGGCUGCACGACUGAGAGUGCGGGGACCUUUAAAUUUUAUGCAUGCCAAGGAGGCGAGAGAACGCGUGCGGACGAGCGGCAGGGCGUCGGCGCAUCCUGCCUUGUUCAAGCAGCCGAGAGAGAUCGACAGAGAGCCAAGGGCCGCGAAAAGGAGGAAGGCGAGGGCGCUUGUCAUCACGGUACGCGGUCCGUUUGUGUCGCAUCCGUGUCUACCCGUUUGCCGUCCAGCGGUUCGUCUUGUUCCUCCGCUGUCGCCACCUUGUCCAAGACUGCGCUGCCUGCUUCCAGCGCUGGACGACCGUCAUGCUCCGCAUGUAGCUCGCAGAAGGCGCGGCUGCUGGAGGAAGCCGUGAAGGCGUAUCUCUGCGCUCGCCAAGUGGAGAUGGAGGAAGGGGACGGGGGCAGAGGCUGGCCGCCGCUUAUGCGCGUCGUUUCAAGGAGCGCGGCGAAAGCCAAACCGAGCGAGGCGGGCCCGACGGAAGUGCAUGCAGACAGAGAGAACGCCCGAGAGAAGCCGUGA